UUUAUUCCAUGUUUACUUAUGUCUUUAUAACUCAUAUCCUUGAGAUUCCUUGACGAAGCAUUACAUUCCUCCCAAUGCAAUGCAUCCACUGCCAAUCUCGAUCUCCAUUGCACAGCAUUAUGUAGAGAUAUGAUCCGUUCAUGGAGGCGAUACGCAUUCUGCUUACUACACACAGCUCCCCAGGAGCCCCUGUUACAUAUCUUCUGUACAUCAUCGAGAAUGCGCUUUCACAAGAGCGAGAUGUCUCCUCAUGGAAUACCAUACUUGCAGCUUACAGAAGACAUGGGUAUGCUCAGGAAGCGUUAGCACUCUUUCAGCAAAUGCGACGAACAGAUGUCCAACCUGAUCAGUUCACCUUUGCUACCAUACUCCCAGCCUGUGCCAAAAUCAGAGCUUUGGAACAGGGAAUCAACAUUCAUCAAAGCGCAAUUGAAAGGGGAUAUUUAUCAGACAUUGUAAUUACAAGUGCUCUGCUAGACAUGUAUGCUAAAUGUGGAAAUAUAAACAAGGCACGUGAAUUGUUUGACAAAAUGCCUGAAAGAAGUGUGAUCUCAUGGAAUGCGAUGAUUGCAGGAUAUGCACAAAAUGGUGAAGUUGAUGAGGCUUUGAGGAUUUUCAACGAAUCGCCUCAAAAAAAUGUGGUUUCAUGGACUGCAAUGAUUGCAGGUUAUGCACAGAAUGGGUUUGUUGAAAAAGCUAUGGAAUAUUAUAAGCAAAUGCAAUUGGCAGGGGUAAAUCCGAACUCCACAACCCUCGCUAGCAUCCUCCCAGCAUGCGCCAAAAUGGGAGCUUUGGAACAAGGCAUGGGUGUCCAUCAAAGCAUCAUGGAAAGUGGGGUUUUAUCAAAUGCCAUAGUUGCAAGUGCACUGAUAGAUAUGUAUGCAAAAUGUGGACUUAUAGACAAGGCACGCGAACUGUUUGACAAAAUGCCUAAAAGGAAUGUAAUAUCAUGGAAUGCGAUGAUUGGAGGAUAUUCACAAAAUGGACUUUUUGAAAAGGCAUUGGAAGCUUUUAAGGAAAUGAGACUGGCAGAUGUAAAGGCGGACUACACAACGUUUGCCAGCAUCCUCCCUGCCUGUGCUAAAAUGGGAGCUUUGGAACAGGGUGUGGACAUCCAUCAAAGAAUAAUUGAAAGUGGAUUGUUUUCAAAUGUUGUAGUUGCAAAUGCUCUGAUAGACAUGUAUGCAAAAUGCGGAAGCAUAUACAAGGCACGUGAACUGUUUAACAAAAUGCCUGAAAGAGAUGUCAUUUCAUGGAAUGCCAUGGUUGCAGGAUAUGCACAAAAUGGCUUCUGCAAGGAUGCUUUCAAACUCUUUGAACUCAUGAAAGACUCAGGAUUACAUCCUAACCAUGUAAGCUUUGCUUGUGUUUUAUCUGCAUGUAGCCACGCAGGGUUAAUGAAUGAGGGCUGUAAAUACUUUGAUAGCAUGAGCAAUUCCUAUUUCGUUAUACCUACGAUUGAUCAUUACAUGUGCAUGGUUGACCUUCUUGGUCGUGCUGGAUAUCUAGAGGAAAGUCUUAACUUUAUCAUCAAAAUGCCAAUUAAACCUGUGGUUAUCGUAUGGAUGUGUUUUCUUGGUGCCUGUAGAUCACAUAAAAAUAUACAAUUAGGAAUGUUUACUGCAAUCCUACUGUUUGAGCUCAAUCCUCAAAAUUCUGCGACUUAUGUUCUUCUAUCAAACAUGUUUGCAGAAAUGGGCAGGUGGGUUGAGGUUCAAAUGGUAAGGAAAUUGAUGCAAGACAGAGGAAUAAAAAAGAUACCUGGAUGUAGUUGGAUUGAAAGCGAUAAAAUGGUACAUACUUUUUGUGUAGGAGACAGAUCACACCCACAGACACAGGAGAUCUAUGCAAAAUUGGAGGAAUUGUCUUGGGAGAUGAAGGCAGCAGGCUAUUUUCCAGAUUCAAGACAUGUACUUAAUGAUGUCGAGGAGGAGGAAAAAGUAUUCUUUGUCUGCCACCAUAGUGAAAUGUUGGCAAUUGCAUUCGGAUUGUUGAACACACCUUUUGGAACUAUUAGAGUUGUGAAGAACCUCCGAGUAUGUGUUGACUGCCACACUACAACCAAGUUUAUCUCCAACAUUGUUGCACGACAGAUUGUUGUGAGAGAUGCAAAGCGGUUCCAUCAUUUUAAACAGGGGCAAUGUUCUUGUGGAGAUUACUGGUGAUGCAAACCAAUGCAAGCUGUAAACAGAGGUUCGCUCUAUAAAACAGUCCGGCUUGCCAGAGCUGCAGUGAUAGAAAAGGGACCAGAUUUCACAAUCAGUUUUGAAAAAGCAUUUUUUACAAAGUGUUGGGAGAUCUAAACCAUGCUGUGGACUUAUUGAAAUCAUAUGUUCAGUAUGCAAUGACUUCCUACUUACAUUUAUGGGGCAUUUGUUAAAUCCCUGUCUUGGUGAUACCGUGGAGGUGUCGUGACAUUGAACUUUUGCAGAAAACCUGCACCUGACUGCAAAAUUGUUGGAAGCCAAAAAUAGGAAAAAGUAUUAAGGACAGAAGUUACAUGAAUUGAACCAGCCAAACAUAUGAGAGGAGAACUUCCAAUCAAUCCAAUGCAUGGAGAUGAAGAGUAGAGCAUCUCUCACUUGAUUAAAUCAUAUGUACCAAAAUAUAUGUGUAAAUUUAUCCAUAUUUAUGGAGAUUUUGUUUCA